UUACGUUCGAUACAAUGUAGACUAUAUAACGCAGCCGCAUAACCUGCGUGUAAGUUGUGCAUUUUGGGUGUUUUUUUUUCUUUUGGGAGAAGAAUGAAGUCUCGCCUCCCUCUGUCUGUUCUUGCCCUUUCGUGGCUCUUUGGGCUGACCGCCGCUCAGCUCCGAGAGCCAGGCGGAAGUACUAGGUCGAGCCCGAGAGGUACACGGGCCAUCAGGAAGCCCGCGUCCAUCCAGCGACCGAGAAUAAAGCUGCCCGAAUUCGGGAACCCCGAUGACCAGCCGCCCGCCCUGGAGGCGCUGACGCCUGAGCUGCUCGACGGCGCGGGGGCGCCUCUCCCAGGCGAGGUCCGGCGUCUCCUCAAGCCGGCCCCCCCGAAGCGCCCCGCGCCGCCCAGCGGCCCCCGGCGGGCCGUCUCGGUCACCUGCACGGGCAGUAAAAUGAUCGUGAGGGUGAGGCCGGCUUUCCACGGGUUCGGGGCGACAGGCGGCGAGCUGACGCUGGGCUCCGGAUGCAAGAGCAACGGCAGGCUCCGGCCGUCCGGCGACCUGCUCUUUCGGUACCCCCUGCUAGCCUGUGGCAGUCAGAAACGGACGCCCAUAGGUUACAUCGUCUACAGGAAUGUCCUCCACUACAUCCCCGCGGAAGAGCCGGGGCCGGUCCGGAGAUCCCAUCCCAUUAACGUGGGAGUUGAAUGCCGGUAUAAAAGAUACCACUAUUCCUACAAGCUUGCGGUGCACCCGACUUGGCAGCCUCCGUCCCUGCUCAAGCCGCUGGAGAACGAGAAGGGCGGGUUCAAGCUGCAGCUCAUGAGCGAUGACUGGAUGGCAGAGUCGGAUUCUAACAUCUUCUAUGUGGGAGAAUCCAUUAACUUCCAGGCCUCUGCGCGUCGGCUGGCGGCAGGAAAGAAGCUGUACAUCAAAUCCUGCCAUGCUGCCCUGUCCGCAGACCCCAGCUCCCAGAGCAUCUACUCUGUGAUUCAGAACUACGGGUGUAUGGUGGACAGCAAGAUUAAAGGCAGCAUCUCGAAAUUUGUCCCACCCAGAACUGACUCCACCAUAAAAUUCACCAUUGACGCUUUCCAGUUUAAAAAGAAGCCACUGUCUAAGAUGUUUCUUCACUGCACCAUGUUUGUUACCAGCAGCAGAACCAGCCAGAUGGCGAAAUCCUGCACCUAUGACCAAAGACAGAGACGGUGGGAGGAACUGGAGGGCGCUGUCAAUUCGGCAUGCAGGUGCUGUCAAUCGAGCUGCACUGCCCCCAAGACGGACUCGCCCCCGGUGGUGGAUGUGCGGUCCAGCCGUGCUUUCGUGAUCGCCAGCGACGUUCUCGACGCGAUCCGUCGGGCGGACGAUCUGAGCCACUUUGCCAGCAUCUCCCUGGCCCAUGACGACCAGCCUCCGGCGGAGGAGGAUUCUGUUUCUGAGGAAGAAGGGUUCAUAGGGGAUGAGGAGGAAGGCGACAAGUUUGUGGAUGUGGGAAACUGAAUUCCUGGAUCCCUAUCGGGCUCCGUGAUGAGCCUGCUCCAGCCUCAUGAUGCAAACCGUUUAUAUGAAUCGAAAUAAAUGCCAUGCCUUUCUUUUCUGGGGGCUAAACGAUGA